AUGUUCAUCUAUCUAUCUAUCUAUCUAUCUAUCUAUCUAUCUAUCUAUCACUGUAUGUUCAUCUAUCUAUCUAUCUAUCUAUCUAUCUAUCUAUCUAAAUCUAUUUGCAGACAUGCUCGAAUUUAUCUACCAUUCCCUAUCUUUUCGCUUGAACAGACCCAUUCCGUCUGUGGGCGGUCACCAACUUCGAAACACUGUUGGCGAUUUAAGUUUGAACAAAGGUCAAAUUAUAGCAAACUAUCUACUUCAUCCUGUUCGUAUCUAUCUAUCUAUCUAUCUAUCUAUCUAUCUAUCUAUCUAUCUAUCUAUCUAUGUCUUUUAAUUAUCUAUGUUUUAAUUAUCUAUCUAUCUAUGUCUUUUAAUUAUCUAUCUAUCUAUCUAUCUAUCUAUCUAUCUAUCUAUCUAUCUAUCUAUCUAUCUAUGUCUUUUAAUUAUCUAUGUCUUUUAUCUAUCUAUCUAUCUAUCUAUCUAUCUAUCUAUCUAUCUAUGUCUUUUAAUUAUCUAUGUCUUUUAUCUAUCUAUCUAUCUAUCUAUCUAUCUAUCUAUCUAUCUAUCUAUCUAUCUAUCUAUCUAUGUCUUUUAAUUAUCUGUCUUUUAAUUAUCUAUGUCUUUUAUCUAUCUAUCUAUCUAUCUAUCUAUCUAUCUAUCUAUCUAUCUAUCUAUCUAUCUAUCUAUUCUUUUAAUUAUCUAUCUAUCUAUCUAUCUAUCUAA